UAUGCAGGGAUACAGGUGUUCCUAUUAAAGUGGCCUGAAAGUGUAGGCGGUUUAGUUGCAUGAGAAAGCACGGAAUUUAUGAUUUUGGUAUUUUUAAAAGCCCAAAUUCUGUCCACUCGCCCAAACAAACACAUUUUACUCCGUACAAUCCAAUGAAAACCCGCCCAGUCUGGCAGCAGUGUGAGAGACUCUCCCGGAUCCGUAGGCGUCAGUACAGCGGAUAAACAUGUCGUCUGAUUCCCUCAGCUCCUGUUUCUGUUCCACACACCGAUGCUUAGAUGGAACACUGGAGAUGGAGAGCUGAUGGUUGUGUAUUUUCACUGGACAUCGGACAAGCUGGAAAAUUGGAAUCACUGGUUUGGGGAACAAACCUGACUCUGAUGCGUUCAUUCCUGAGGCCAGAAAUGUUCAGAAAGUAUCAAGUAUAUGGAUCACAAGGAACCCCCAAAAUAUGAGGACUGGUGCUGAGUCAAGUGGAAAAAGAGCAGCAGAGUUUUCAACGCAUGAAUCAAACCACUUGGGCUGGAUGUAGAUAUUUACGUAAGUACAAAGUGGAGAAAACUGUAGCAGAGACUGUUAAUCUAAAAAGAUCAUGCUCUUUAUAAGGACUUGUUGAAUUAUUUAUCCUAUUUACUAGCUUCACUGAUAUUUUCUUUGUCUAAUAGUGCAUUUUUGACAAUAUUAUUAAGGAGACUCUUUUUAUCUGUGCGUGUCUUGAGAUGGUAAUAGCAAAAACUGAAAUAAAGCAUCUUGUAAAACUGUUGCUAAUGUCUACUUUUACUUUCUGUUGGAAUAGUAUGUAACUUACAGGGCUGUUUGAAUAUCUAAAAAAAAAAAAAAAAAAAAAGGUGAUGUUGAGCAAGCAAGAAAGAGGACACAUGCGUCGGAAUGACACAGGGUUUCACCCCACUCAUGCAAUUUUUGCUCCAGCUCCUUCUUAUGGGGUUUGCAAUGGCUGGUCUACAUCUGUGGCCGUCGGUACAUGUUGCUCUAAGCAAUGCCAGUGUUUUUGUCACUUACAAUGCAGACAGCAACAUGACAGACAGUGAACUGUCCAUGGAUUUGGUCGACCUUGAUAAAAAUGUAACUGUGCUAACUAGACCUCUGCCAUUCAACCAGUCAGCGGGCAUUCUAGAGUUUGACUGCACGUACUUCCUAUAUGCUGGGAACUUCAGCUUUAGAUUAGACCAAAUGGGGCACCAGGGUGCACUGAAAAGUACCUCCAGCUGGUGGAGCCCAGUACUACGCAUCCAGUGGCCCACUUUCCACUUUGGAGUGGAACGUGCUAACAACAACCACAACUCUGGGGCAUUUCAGGUUUCUGUGUCUACCAACCUUGACUUCCAUGUCUGCCUGAACAGCAACUCAUCCCUCUACCUAGAGGUCAGCUACAUGGAGCACAACCAGAUUGGGAAGAACACCAUCAACAAGGUGCAGAAACGAACGACACACAACAUCCAGGUUGUGAAGUCUCAGCAUGUGGACCUCCAGUGUGCCUCCCUGCUGACUGAGGCUGGCUUCAUCCAAGUAGCUCUCAAGUCCCAUUAUACCCAACAGGACAUCAAAUCCUCAGGACCACUCUAUCUGUCUCGCAUCUUCUCCUACAAGCUUCUGGUUGAGAACCUCUACAAGAGUGGUUGUGAGGGCACAGUGUCUGUCCGCCUGCUCUCUCCACCCUGCACGGUCACCACAGGGAAAGUGUUGCUGUAUAAGGAGGCCAGUGCUGCUCCAAAGCAGGAAAAUCUCUCUCAGCUUGCCUUUCACUUUCUCACCGGAGGGGAGAAUGAGACCGAGUUUAAUUGCUCGCAGUUUGAUGUCGGCCAGAAAAAGUACUGCUUUCAUUAUGCACGCAUCUACAGUCAGUCCUCCAGUUUGGCACACACAUGCAUCAUUGUGCAAAGAAAUGCUGACAUGUGGGUCCCAUGGCAAACAUGGAGCGGCUGCAGUGUGACCUGUGGAGAAGGGGUGCGAGAGCGUGUGCGUGAGUGCUUGCUGCCCCCUGGUGGUGGUAUGCAGUGCACUGGCAUGGUGAGAGAGCAGUCACUCUGCUCCCUUGAGGACUGCACUGACGUCCUGCCUCCCGUUUCUGUCUCGCCUCCUCCAGCUGUGGACUCCUUUCUCGGAGGAAACCUAGUUGUGUUGGCUGGUAUCUCGCUCUGUCUAGCUGUCAUCCUGGUCACUAUCCUCAUCACCGUGUGGAGGAAAGUGUGCCAUGCCCCAAAGUGUAGCUCAGCACGGCCUGACUCUAUGCAUUCUCCCGGUGGACGGAAGAAUUCAGAUGAGGCUUCUAUUUGUGGACGCAGCGUGCAGAGGCCUAGUUUCUCAGAGAGUAUGGUGGCAACUGCAUUUCCGAAAGGCCAAACAUGUCCUGUGUCUAUUCGAGCAGCGUCAGACAAGGGGGUACUGGCCUGUCAGCAGAGUUUCCUCCUCCCCAUGCCCUUACCCCAGGAUCCUGACCGGCUGUCCCCCUCUGGUCAAAAGAUUCUUCCCCCCAUUUUUGGGUACCGUUUGGCACAGCAACAGCUUAAGGAAAUGAAGAAGAAGGGGCUUAAAGAGGACACACGAGUCUAUCUUGUCUCCCAGAGUCCUGUUGAUGACACCAUGGUGGAGGCCACAGCCUCAACAUCUGCUGCUCUUACACCAGUGCCUCAGGACCUGGAAAGUCAAGAAGAAGUCAAUAUCAGUCACCUCCGCAAAUCCCCUUUCACAGAGCCCACAAGGCCUCACAGAAACUCUGCCACUCUGCCUGACAGACUGAGCCCAAAGGUGGACCUUAUGUUGGCCACACCAAAAGCUAUGUUUAGUGAUCGGGACAGACGACAAGAACGCACUGCAGACUGGGUGGCAAUGGUGGAACGAAACCGACUCAAUUUUUCUAAGAAUCCGAACUUCAGGAGGACAUCUAGCUUCAAUGAGAGCAACCUGCAGCACUUACCUAAGCCACAGCCUUUUAGGGAGCGGAGCAUGACUCAGGUGACCCCCCGCCAGCACCCAGAGGGCAGCUGUAGAACCAGAAACUGGGAGCAUCCAAUACCUGAGCUGGAGGACUGGUCUCAGACUAAAUAUAGGAUACCUGACAGUUCUAGUGACCACAGGCAGCAACCAUGGGUAGAUAUGCCUUCCUUCUCGAAAUCCAAACCCACAAUGGUUCAUUCAGGGACUUCAGUACCAACAAAAAAUCGAGUAACAGACAGUCAUGGAGUGGGCUGGGCCUCAUCUUUUGGGAUGGAUCGAGUAGAAAGGGCAGAACAAAAUUGGAAUAGGAGAGGUCCAUCACCCAUCCAGAGGAACAUUUUGGCAAGGAAGUUGCGAGAAGCGAAUUCAUCAACCAACAACCACAGACAGAGAAGUUCCACCUUUUCUAGCUCUGAUCAGAGCAGGGGCCGAUUCCGAAGCCUCCCACUCUCUGCGGACUACAGCAGCUCCUCCUAUGGUCUGACUGAGGAUGAGCAACGAAUGAUGGACAUUUCUGGAUAUCUGGGAGAAGAGGACGGGACAGGAAUAAUGAAAGACCUCAGACUCACCUGAUAAUAUCCGAGAAUGUCCAGAUCAAAAACUCCAGAGCUGAAUUCCCCCAAUUUAAUGUUUCUCUAGUUGUUGUGGUUUGCAUUUUAAAACUACAAGAGCCUUUUUUUUAGAGCCUUUAUUUGGGAAUGACCAUUUUGGGAACAAGUUUUAUGAUUAGCUGAAUAAUGAAUAAUUUAUUAAUUUUGUGUUUAAAUUUCAUUUUAUGUUCCUUAGUAAUCUAUUAACAUCACAAAUCAUAUAAAAUGUGCAGUGUAGAAAUUUUAUUUUCAGAACAUUCACUGUGCUUUGAAGAUAUUUAGUGUUAUUGGCACCUGAUGUAAAUAACCAGUAAAUGUAAGUAUUCUUACUUUAAUGCUGCCAUAAAAUCAUGUUGAACAUUUUAACAGAUACUGUAUAAAACACCAAGCUGGGUUUAUCAAGUAAAUGGGUAAACAAUCAACAAAAAAAAACUAGGGUUAUUAAAUUUUUCACUGCAUUAAAUAGUAUAUUGCAGCAACUUGAUUAGUCUUUAAAUCCAUCUAAAUUACAAUAUAUAAGCAAUAUUUAAUCUAAGAAUAAAUGCUUUUAUAUUUGUUUGUAAAUGGAAAAUAAGCUAUUUUAAUAUCUUUUCUUGGAAAUUUUGCAGGAUUACUGCAUAUUAAUUUUGUUUUAGUGUAUCCAAAUUAAAAGAAUGUAAUCAAUCUGGCUGUAGUCUAAAGGAUAAUUCAGAGUAGUUUAAACUGUGGGAGUCUCUUUACACUGGAACAAUGUCUCCGCUCAUACACAGGCAAGCAAUGUUCUGUAUGCAUUGUAAAUAAAUUUCUUUCAUGUU